AUGCAAGAGCUUGGAAUGGCGAGAAAGCCGCUUGACUCCAGCUUGAAGAAGAACACCGCAUUCAUCAAACGACUCAGGCUGGCCAUAACCGCAUCCAACACGGCAACAUUUUUGCAGGAGAUUCGCACUCUAUCUCUGCAUAAAUACCUGACCGAGGUCAUCUCAGCAUGCUACGAAGGAUUGACAAAGCUCAAGGGAGCAGCAGACAUCUCCGCGGGGGUCGAGAUCGUCAGUGCACUACACCAGCGUUUCGGUCCGGAGGAGUUCACGUGCUUCCUGGGAUGGUACAUCGGUCGUGGAUUGGCAACACCAGACAAGGUACAGCUCAAAGCGUUGGCUCCCGAAGUACGCGAACGUGAGGAGAAAGAGCGUCUUGCUCGCCAGAGAGUCCUGUUGCGGGUUGCGACGGAGCUCUGGCUCGUAGGAGUACUGAGGAGUCUCGACGAUGUCGCGAAACCAGAAGAAGCAGGCAAAGUGCGCGAUGUAGGGAAAGCUGUCGAGGGUACUUCCAAAUUGAAGUCAGGAAGCGCGCGGCCAGACUCCGCCGAUCCGGAACCAUUUCCACUGGAAGUCUUGAAGGAUAUGCUGGGCCAUGAUCGUGAGCAUGUCAAUCUGCCACUCGUGGUGCUUUUUGUGAAGACAUUCGCUUGGGAUAUCCUAGGAUCGAAAUCUGCCAAGCAAGAGGGUCGUCAGGAGGUUGCGGAAGAUGGCACGACGAACGCAUCCGGAGAGGCGAAUGCGGAAAAUGACGACGGCUCAGCACUUGAUCCACCUUUGACGGAGCCACCGCUCAGAGCACGUUUCAAUAACAUCCUGGUUCGAUACUUUGAUGACGUCAAAGAUCACAUCGUGAGAGAUCAAAAGCAUCUGACGACGCAGAGCAAGCGCAAUGCAGAAGCAUAUGUUAAGUCAGGCGAGGUAUUUGAAGACCGUCAAUCAAAUUACGAAAAGCUCCUCAAGGCGCAAGAAAAGCUGAUUACUAACGCGCAAACGCUGGCGGAAGUCCUCGGAGUCGAUAUGCCCGAUCUCUCUGCCAAAGACACUACAGCUAGCGCUUUCGAGGGCAGCAUCGGACUAGUCAAGACGGGAGAAUACCUACGAGGUCAAACUGAAGGCGCUGGCAUCUGGGAGGACGAAGACGAGCGCCGCUUCUAUGAAAACAUUAUUGAUCUGAAGGAUCGAGUGCCGGGAAUCCUGCUCGAGGAUGGUAAAAAGAAAAAGGUUGAUACAGAUGAACAGGUCGGCAAGAAGAUCGACGAGACUGCUGAAGCUGAGAAAGCUGCGGAGUUGAAAGCGGCCGAGAGCGACGAAGGUUCUACGGCUAUCGCCAACAAGACCGUCGGCGCACAAGUGGACGCGCUUCUUGCCCGUCUUCUGGAAUUGGUCACCAAGGAUCAGGUUGAUCAAUUUGCGAUCGAUUUCUGCUUCCUCAACUCAAAAGCCUCUCGCAAUCGUCUCAUCAAAGCCAUGGAGGAGAUCCCCAAAGGUCGAAGUGAUUUGUUGCCAUUGUAUGCUCGCCUGAUUGCCACGCUAGGACGGCAUCUCCCAGAUGUCCCACAGUCCAUCAUCUCGUACCUUGAUGACGAGUUCCGAAGCUUGCAACGUCGAAAAACGAAAGACUUCUUGGGACAGGUGCGAAUGGUCAAUAUUCGUUACAUCGCUGAACUGACCAAGUUUGGUGUUGUGCCCGAACAUGUCAUUUUCCACUGUCUCAAAGUCAGCUUGGACGACUUUUCCAGAAUGAACAUCGAAAUCAUAGCGAAUUUGCUCGAGAACUGUGGACGAUAUCUUUUGCGCAACCCAGAGACAUCCCCGCGGACUGCGUCCUUCCUAGAAACGCUCCAACGGAAGAAGGCUGCACAACAUCUUGGACAGCAGGAGCGCAUGCUCAUCGAGAAUGCCGUUUACUAUGUCAAUCCCCCUGAAAGGGCGGCGAUCCUGCAAAAAGAGCGCACUACCCUCGAUCUCUAUGUUCGAAAUCUGGUCUAUGUUGAUUUGAGCAAGAAAAGCCUGGAUAAGGUCAUCAAGCAGAUCCGCAAACUGCAUUGGGAGGAACCUGAGGUAGUCGAAAUGCUACGUAAGAUUUUCGUCAAGCCUGGUAAGAUUCGUUUCGGCAACAUCUAUCUUCUGGCGAUGCUGUUAGCUGCGCUCUAUCGGUUCCACACCAGCUUCGCCAUCACCGUCUUGGACGAAGUCCUCGAGCGCGUCACUGUCGGUCUUGAAACCAACGACUUCAAGUUCAACCAGCGACGUAUUGCUGAAGUCAAAUACCUCGGAGAGUUGUACAUGUAUCGCAUCGUUGACUCGGCCCUGAUUUUCGAUACUUUGUACAAGGUGUUGAAUUACGGUCACGAGGGAGGAUACGCGCAACCUGGCAAGAUCUGUCCAUUUGACUUACCUGACGACUAUUUCCGCAUCCGACUGGCCUGCGCUUUGCUUGAGACUUGCGGUCACUGUUUCGAGAAGGGUGCGGCAAAGAAGAAGCUCGAUUUCUACCUGACCUUCCUUCAGCUAUACAUCAACCUCAAAGACCCUCUACCAAUGGAUAUGGAAUUCGUCGUUCAAGACACAUACAACUUGUUGCGUCCGCAGUGGAAGCUCAUCCUCGAUGACGCUACAGAGGCAAGCAAGUCAUUUGCUGAGGCCUGUCGACAGAACUACCACGAUGCCGCUGCCGGCAAAGCCGUUGAGCCAGAUGAACCAGAAGAACAACCCGAUGACGAUGGUGAUCUUUCAGAUGAUGCUCAUGCUGAAGGAGACGACAACGCUCAUGAAGACGGAGCCAAAUCUGACAGUGAUGACGUUCAAGACGAGAACGAAGAGCGAGCAGCCGAGUCUUCGGAGGACGAGCGCAUCGUUGUCACUCGCAAGGAGGAUUUCAGAGAUCCCGAAGCUGAUGCCGAGUUCGAUCGAGAGCUGGCUAAAUUGAUGGCUGAAGGCGUUGAGUCUCGGAAGUUCGAGCGCAAGCCUCUGCUGGAUGUCCCGCUACCUAUGCGCCGUACCACGCGCGAGGUGUCCUCCAACCACGCAGAUGAGAAUGAUCGAGAAGCACCACAGCCUGUCAAACGGAAUGACAAUGGAAUGAUGAAGUUCGACCUCUUGAGCAAGAAGGGCAAUCGCCAGCAGACUCGCCCGAUCGAUCUUCCAGCCGAUUCAAACUUUGCGAUUGCACUCAUCAACCAACAGCAAGCCGAACGUGCCGAGCAACAGCGCAUCAAGAACUUAGUUCUGAACUACGACCUGACCGACGAUCAGACCGAUGGUGAAAAUCCCAAUUUCCAUUUCGUUAUGUCCUCUAGCAAUCGUCGUUCGUUACGCCUUGUGGGAAGUGGCUCGCUCAACCGAGGCCCCACAAGGUCUGAUUCUCUCCCACAUUCGAACAGACCUGCCCGCCGUCUUGCGCUUGGCGAUCUCGCGUUCUUUCGUUGA